AUCAGGAGAAGGCACCAAAGUGAUGGCCUGAACUUAUGGGAGGAAUGAGUGUCUGGCCAGACGGACAUUUGGGGGCCCACUGGGAAGUGUGAAGGGCCAGUUUCAGUAAGGGCAUGGCCAAAGCUUUCUUCAGGCUACAGAAGUUUCUCCGCCGGACCCAGUUUCUGCUCUUCUUCCUCACAGCAGCUUACCUGAUGGCUGGCAGCCUCUUGCUACUGCAGCGGACACGCUUGGUUAUCCAGCAAGGUUCGCGUGGGACCCCCACUAACCAGGCCCUGCCGGUGCUGGAGGAGAUGAGCAGGGUUGGGAUCAUAGAGCCCAGGACCCUGCAGAGCUCCCGCCCUGGCCUCAGACUGCUGGUGGGCAUGGAUGCGCUGCAGGAGCCAGCUCUGGACCAGCAGCACAGCCCGCACUGGCUCUUGUCUCGUAACUCAGAGCUCAGGCAGCUGAGGAGAAGAUGGUUUCACAGGCUCACCAGCGAGCAGGAGCCCCUGCAGACAGCAGGAUUUAAAGCAAUGAAGCACACUGCUGAACACAAAGGCACCUACAUGGGCUGCUUCACUCACGAUUCGAGGGAGAGGACGCUGAAGGGAGCUGUUUUUUAUGACUUAAGAAAAAUGACAGUAGCUCACUGUCAGGAAGCUUGUGCUGAGAGGGCUUACAGCUACGCGGGGCUGGCAUACGGAGCAGAGUGCUACUGUGGGAACACGCUGCCAGCUGCUGCCAGCAAGCCCGAGGAGUGCAACAGCGAGUGCAAGGGCGAGAAGGGCUCCGCGUGUGGAGGGGUGAACCGGCUCUCGGUCUACAGCGUGGAGCAGCUGCGGCCAGGAGCCAGGCGGAGGAGGAAUGUUAUCUAUCGAGGAUGUUUUAGAGCUCCAGAAAAUUUAACAGACACCUUUCCCGCCUCUUUGAUACAGCCCAAUUUGACGGUGGAGACGUGCUCUGAAUUUUGCUCCAAGAAAGAGUUCCCGCUGGCAGUGAUCCGAGGGCAGGAAUGCUACUGUGGGUACCCCACCAGGCAGUUCUCGCUGCACGAGGGCACGGACAGACCGCGCUGCAGUGGGACCCGCAACGCCAGCAGCGCUGCUGGAGGAGAGUAUUGCCUGGUCUAUCAGACACCUGUGCAAGACACCCGCUGCACGGACAGGAAAUUCUUAACCACAAAAUCCAAAGUAUUUGUUGCUUUGUCAAGCUUUCCUGGGGCUGGGAAUACGUGGGCACGCCAUCUGAUAGAGCAUGCCACAGGAUACUACACAGGAAGUUAUUACUUUGAUGGAGCCCUCUACAACAAAGGUUUUAAAGGAGAAAAAGACCACUGGAGAAGUAGAAGGACCAUCUGUGUGAAAACACACGAAAGUGGCAAGACAGAGAUUGAAAUGUUCGACUCAGCGAUCCUGUUGAUAAGGAACCCAUACAAAUCACUGAUGGCAGAGUUCAACAGAAAAUAUGCUGGGCAUCUGGGCUAUGCCACUGACCGCAACUGGAAGAGCAAAGAGUGGCCAGAUUUUGUGAACAGCUAUGCCUCCUGGUGGGCCUCCCAUGUCCUAGAGUGGCUGAAGUACGGGAAGCGUCUGCUCGUUGUCCAUUAUGAGGAUCUGAAGCAGAGCCUCAUCCCCAAGCUGAAGGAGAUGGUGGAGUUUCUGAAUGUGACAGUGACAGAGGACCGGCUGCUCUGUGUGGAGAACAACAGGGAUGGGAAUUUUAAGCGGUCCGGUGCUAAACAAAAGAAUUUUGAGCCAUUCACCCAGGAAAUGAAAGAUCUUAUCAACAGAUAUAUCCUGACAGUGGAUGAAGCCCUAAGGGGAAGAAACUUCUCAGGGCUGCCCAGGGAGUAUGUGCCAAGAUGAUAUGCUGGUAUCAUGCUGCUGUGGUUAAAAAUAUUUUUUUUUCCUUAAAAAAGCAGAAAAAACCCAAAC